CAACUCCAUUUUUACGUGACAUUUAGCACAAAAACAUCUGCUGCAUUCUACAAUUCUUAAGUUUCCCGCGUUUUAAAAUAUUGUAGCAAUAGCAAUCGCAUUGAAAAAUUGAAAUAGUUUAGUUCAUCAGCGCAAACCAAAUUAAGCGCUUUAUAUUAAUUUUUAAAACUGCUUUUAAUUUGAACAAUCGAUCUCAAAAUGUCGCGACCAGCUAAAACUGCAGUUAGACGAAAGGCAGCAGCUCCCUUAAACAACAAUGAGGAAGGACCCACAAAGAAAAUCCAACGAAUAUUAUUUUCUCUGCCUCUCCCACAAAUUAACACGAUUACUGGGAAAGUACUUGCGUGUGGGCAAGGAGAUAUGGGACAAUUGGGACUUGGAGACGAUGACAAAGACAUGGAGCGCAAAAGACCAGCCCUCGUUCCAAAUCUCACAGAUAUUGUGGAUGUGCGAGCGGGUGGAAUGCACAACUUGUGCUUGGACAAAAACGGACAAGUCUUCUCGUUCGGAUGCAACGACGAGGGCGCGCUUGGUCGAGACAGUUCGGAGGAGGGUUCUGAGUUCUUUCCCAAGAAGGUAGACUUGCCCGGAAAGUGCCUCAAAAUCUCGGCGGGAGACUCGCAUUCAGCUUGUUUAUUGGACGAUGGCAAAGUGUACGCGUGGGGAUCCUUCCGGGAUUCACAUGGAAACAUGGGCCUCACACUUGAAGGCAACAAGCGACUUCCCGUCGAAGUGUUGCCGGGAAUUGUGUCGUGCGAUAUCGCAUCGGGCGCAGACCAUCUAGUCAUCCUCACAUGCAGUGGAAAAGUCUACACGAUGGGAUGUGCAGAACAGGGUCAAUUGGGACGGGUUUCUCUUCGUUCAGCCUCAGGCGAAAGUCGCCGUGGAAAGACAGAACUUCUUCGUCCUGGUCUCGUCAUAACCAAGAGAAAUAAACCCAUAGACGCCAUAUGGGCUGCCACAUAUUGCACAUUCCUCAGAGAAUCCGGAACUUCCAUUAUCUGGGCAUUCGGAUUGAACAACUACAAGCAACUAGGCUACCCGAAGGACGUUUCAGUCAUCAUAAAUCCCAUCAACACACACUUUGAGGAUGUAAAAAUAAUAGCGGGAGGUCAACAUCACACUUUGUUGCUCAAAAACGACGGCUCCUGCUACGCAAUCGGACGCAAGGACUACGGACGUUUGGGGCUUGGAAAUACCCCCGAAGACGUCACAGAGCUACAACUCAUCAAAGCGUUGAGCGACAAAAAGAUCGUGAAUAUUUCGCGCGGAGAGGCCCAAUCAUUCGCAAUCACAGAAGACGGACAACUGUACGCUUGGGGAAUGGGCUCCAGCCUACAACUAGGCACAGGCGAGGAAGACGACGCACUCGUGCCAACGCUUAUCGAAAGCAAACAAACGAAAGACAAGAAGAUCAUCCAAGCGUAUGGCGGAGGACAGCAUAGUAUUUUUUUGGUAGCCGAUGACAGUCCAUCCGCAGAGGUCAAAGAGCCGGCUCCUAAAAAGAACCAGGUAGCGAAGGCAGCUGAGAAAAAGGAAUCAAAGCCGGUAGCAGCGGCGCCAGCAGCAGCAGCAACAACUGUGGAGGAAAAAGAUGAAAGUAAGAUCGUAACAAACGGAGAAGCAAAACCUGUGGAAACAGCUGCACCCGAAGAAGCAUCUGCACCAGCCGCCAAAAAAGGUAGAAAGAAAAAGUAGAAUACUCUCGGGUUAACAUCUUGUUAACUAUCCUGGACUUAACUUCGACUUAAUUUUCUAUUUAUUUAACUUGAAGAUCACACUUUUUUGUCUUUGAUUUCUUUUUUUUUAGUUUAUUUUCCUCAAAUAACUUUCUUGUUAAAAAUGUUCCAAGUAAUAUUGUUUAUGUAUUAAAGAAUUUUGUUUACACCAUUAAAUGUGUAGUUAAAAAAAAGAAAAAUACUGUUGUCUUGGAUCAAAUUGUUUCUUAAAUAAAUAAAAAGAUUUUUCCUAAUAUGAGUUUUAA